AUGAAAGCCGCUCUCUCCCUAUCCGCGCUUCAGCUGCUGGCCAGCCAUGUUGCCGCGCUCCCUGUCAACGAGAAGUCUAUCUCCAUUCGCGAACUGAACGACAGUAACUUCCCAUGGCACAUUGGUGUCCCCAAGUACCGCUCUCCGGCUGCCAAGCGCCAGAGCAGCCUUCCCUCCACAUGGGACCCCCCUUCUGACCUCGUGACGCCCCUCCAGGAGGUCUGGGACCAUGAAAUGGAGACUUACAGCGAGCCGCUGACCUUCAAAAACUAUGGUUUCGACCAGGUCAUUGCCGCUGAAGGAAAGAUCAACUACUGUGUCCGCUGGGACUCCUCCCAGUCCGUCACAGCGGAGCAGCGCGAGCAGAUUGCCAAGACUGCUAGCACCCACUACAACAAGUGGAUUGCUGGCCUUGCUGGAUUCGACGGCUGGCCUUAUGAAAGCGUCGAAGUUAGUGUCGUUGGUUGGGCUGUGAAGGACGAGUCUCUGCUCGAGGGCGACACUUCAGGCAUUGACAUCUACACUGACACCGAUGCCGACGGCAAGCCUCAGUGUGCUGAGUCUUGUGGCCGUUUCUUCCACACUGACGGCGACUACAGCGGCUGUGAGGCUGGUGCUGACCGUCACUAUGACCAGAGUCUCUGGUUAACCGAAGGCCUCGAGGGCGGCUUCGGCGGCGAUUGGGGUCAGCAAGUUGGGUCGGAGUACUUCCUCCAGAACAUCGACUCGGACAGCAUCCACAUUUACCUCCACGAGCUCGGCCACACUUUCGCUCUCGAUGACUUCUACGACUGGACCCCAACUGGCGUCGACAGCUUCAUCAUGCUGGCAGGCAGUUCCAUGGAAAUCACCGAAUUCGACUUCUGGAUGCUCCGCGACUGGUGGCGAAACCUGAAGGACCGCUACGACAUCGCCGGCUCUGGCUCCUCCGGCUCUGCAUCCAGCACCACUGGUCCUACCGCCGCUCGGUACACCCUUUCACCAACUCCGUCUACCCCUGUUAUUCCCACCGGUGGUCCCAUUGGCGGCGGCCCCGGCGGACCUAGCGGUGCUCCCCCUGUUCCAUUCCCGACCCCGACUGGUGCAUUCCCGACUUUCACCCCUCCUACUGGAACUAUCCCUACGGAGGCGCCUGGCGCUAGUCCCUCUGCCCCGUGGGGUGGAAACGGCGGCUGGGGAGGAAAUGGUGGUUGGGGUGGAAAUGGUGGCUGGGGAGAGGGUUCUGACGAUGAGGAGGGUGGUUCCUGGUGGGGAUCUCUGUUCGGCGGGAACUAG